AUGCACUCCUCGAAGCGACCUGGCGGCGGUUCGCGCGAUCACUACCACCACGGGUCAAGAAGCGACCACUCGGCCAAGGAGGCGACCAUCAGCGGCAGCGGCAGCAGUGGCAGCAGCGGCAGUGACCGUGGCGGCAUCGGCGGCGGCGGCGGCUCGCACCACCUCAACUCGAGCAACAAGCGCCACACACGGUACAUCUCCGGCAGUCGGCAGUUGUCGACCAUAACCGACGGCGAGCCGCCCAAUCUGCUCGCCCAGCUCGGCUUUGAGGCCGUCGGCGAGGAGGAGGUCAGCUUCAAGGGGCUGCUCGUGUCGCGGCUGGACCAGCAGCUGGCCGCCGGCGGGGGCCGCCUGCCUAAUACCAUUCCCGAGGCGAUCGCCUACAACAACUCCAUCGUCAUGAAUCGCUCCAAUACGCUGGUGGGCGCGGCGGCGGCUGCGGCCACGGCAGCUGCGGCGGCUUCUGCCGCUUCGGCGACGAAUACCGGCGCCAGCUUUCCGCUGUCGGCGCCGGUCCUCUCGCCAACGACCAUCAGCGGCGGAGGGUCGCCCUUUUUAGGAGGUGGUAACUCCUUGGCUGCUGCUUCUGCUGCUGAAGCGCCGCAGAUGAGCACCAGCGUGGGCACCAAUAACGAGUCGAUGGUGUCGCUCAGCUCGAGUGCGGCCACCGACUCGCCGGCACCGACGCCCCCGCCCCCUCAAUAUCAGCACCAGCCGCCGCCGCCCCACUCUGCGCCGACGUCCAUCAUUGACUACGUGAAGCCGCAGGACCUAAAGAAGGAGCUGAACGACAAGUUUCGUGAGCGCUUUCCCUACAUUCAGCUGACACUGAGCAAGCUGCGCUCCAUCAAGAAGGAGAUGUGCAAGAUUGCACGCAAUGAG